AUGCCGUUUAUAACUAUUCCUGCCUCUAAAAAACACAAGAGCCUGCUAGAGCAUGACAAACUUUUGGAGGAAGAGGAACCUGACUCUGAUAAUGAUGACAAAGAUAACGAGCCUGAGCAGUCCCAGCCUACGAAGAUCCUUACACCACCUCCGACCACGUCCAAAAAGCGAAAGCGCAGAACUAAACUAUCACCGUCUGACCCUGACCCUCCGGCAGGUGUAAAAGAGGUCACCUUUAUCAUGAGCAUCACCUCUGCAGCUGAGAUGAAGAAACCUGCAAGCAAACAUGCACUCAACCCUGGACUUCUCAGCUAUGAGGAUUACGAGGUCUCCUGGUUCAUUCCACAUGUCCUUCCCAAACCUGGCUUAUCCCUCCUCGACGAUAAAGAUUUCGAUGUUUUGGUGAAACGAGCAGCGAAUCUGAAAGGCAAUGAUCCAACCAUCAAUGUGACAAUCAUUCAGAAGGAGAACCAUGAACUCAAGGAGAACAAAGCUGUGAUUGAGCCGACUAAGGAAGCAGCUGCCAUUCUUCCCGGAAAUCAACACAAGAUUACGAACAUACAGAGCCUCCGUGAGCAUUGGAUUUGCAAGAAAUCAGAUGCCGCAUGUCCAUCAACACAUUGCUAUGUUGAUUCAAGCACGGACAAACAUCUGCAUCUCAAUGCUGAAUGGUUCAAUUGCUGGGCAUCUGCAAUGCUCAAAGACGACGGGACAGCAACACUGGAGAAGCCACCUCACCAUAAGCUCUUCGAUGUUCGAAAGAUCAGUCCUGUACUUCAGCGACGACUGGACUCGCAAAACACUAAAGUGCCGUCACCUUCUACACCAGUCUUCAACUUCACUAUCGGAAAUGAGGUUCUUGACAUUUUUCGCCCACAGCUGCCUGCUGUCGCUGUUGCACCAGCAUUAUCCUCCACGUUGCACUCGUCUGACUCUGCUUGUACUACAUUCUUACAUCCAUCUCGUGCUCAAGGGAGGGAUAUACCACUUGACGAAUUCUGCACAGAAUAUGACUUAGGCAACAAUAUCCAUGUGAAAUUCACUGAGAAUGCAUACAAGGAAGCUCAGUUCUUACGCUUCGUUACGAUUUCCGAGUUGAAAGAGAUGGGCUUCCAAUUGGGUGAAAUUGCUGCGCUACGUGAUGCUGUUGAAUGGUGGUCUGUCCCUCGUGUUUGA